AUGGCAUCCAAACAAGAAAAACAAGAACAAAAGUCUGGGACUAAAGAUAGGUCCACACCAUAUUCGGAGUAUGAAGACCCAAGUCAGUUGAAAGGCAAAGCAAGUAAUUCUAAACCAGACGAUCAGAACAGACAGGCCCAGUAUGUACCAGAAAAACGAAGUGAUUACGAAGACAGAGAUUUCAGUACACAUAACAUUGCACAGCUUACUUCUUACGAAGACUUUUCUCUUGAUGGAAGAACUACAAGCUCAGAAGAAAAAAGAAAUGAUUACGAAGACAGAGAUUUCAGUACAAUUAACAUUGUGCAGCUUACUUCGUACGAAGACUUUUCUCCUAAUAGAAGGACCACAAGCUCAGAAGACAAAAGAAGCGAUUACGAAUACAUAGAUUGCAGUACAAUUAACAUUGCGCAGCUUACUUCGUACGAAGACUUCUCUCCUGAUAGAAGAACCGCAAGCUCAGAAGAUUUUCGUGAAAUCGUUAUUAAAAUAUUAUUCGAGCGGAUGACAAUGAUAGAAAAGACAGUGGAAACUCUGAAAAAUCGUCAGGAUGUAUUAGAAAGAGUAAACUCCGAAGCAAAGACCUCCAAGCCCAAGAAAGAAAAGUCAAAAGUAAAAGGUGAAUGGGUUCUGAUCUUUAACUUAUUACCUUUGAACCUUGUGUGAUAUUUUUCGAUAAACUCAGC